AUGGCAAAUCGCGCGAUGGAUAUAAGAAUGGGAAGACGUACUGGGAAGAAGGUGGGACGCGGAUUUGUGUACAGCGACGAUGAGGACGAAGAAAUGGAAGAUGCGAUCGACCCCGAAGCCGUUGAGAAGCAACGCAUCGAACAGCAAGAACAGGAGGAAGACGAUGCAGAUUCGGAUUACGAACCUUCCUCGGAUUCUUCUUCGGACGACACGAAAUCUAUCGAUAGCAACGACUCCGACUUACUUACGAGAUCAUCCGAGAUAUUUGACGUCGCUCUUCGACCCCGUACCCCCGAGCCUGAGCCUGUGGAAGAACUCGAUGAUGGAAGUUGGUCGCAAGAUCCCGAGUUGGACAUUAGCGAUGAGUGGGGUCUUGACAAUUAUGCCAGUACCGAGAACACUGAGGACAACAGUUUUGAUCCUAGACUCAUCGGACUCGACGACGUCAAAUGGAUUAAUCGGGUCCGCGCACUGGCACUCAAUUCCGAGCGGAAAGCCUACAUAUCCGGUAGAGGCCGCUACUACGACUAUGGCUCUCUAGAUAUCGAAGGGCCUGGAAGAGAUCCCAAUGAUCCGGGCGAAGGUUCUUUGAACAUCACGAGCUACGCGAGUGGGGACGAACAACAAGCUUUUCCAUUCCACGAGGCAUGCUUCGACAUUCUCGCAAAGAGCAUAGGACUUGAGAGCAGAGAUAUUAAUAAGCAUGUGAUGUUGAGAACGUUUAGCGCUCUUCUUGCAAACGAAAGACCAGUUUUGGAUGUGGACUAUCAGGUCUUUUCGGGCAACGAGCAAUUUUGGCAUAAUGGAGCGGGAUCGGAGUAUGAAGUGUGCGAUCCUUCCCCCCGACCUGCUCUCCAAGAAAGUAUACAAGACAUCCUACCCGCCAACAUUUUCGGUGCGAGUCCGCAGUUGGCAAAUCUAGCGCACAAGGUGCGAACGGAUCCAAUUGCAGUCCUCCCGUACGACCUGCUUCUCGAAAUCCUUGGAUAUGUUGACUCCAAAGCCAUGCUUUCGCUCAUGCAAGCUUCGCAUCACGUCAACAGCGUCACUCGCGAAGCCGCAUUCUGGAAACAUAUGGUACGCAUGCGUGUAUUGCCAUGGUUCUACGAGUUGCGUUACUUCGUGGAGACUGCGACCACCGAUGCGCUCGACUACAAAGGUCUUUUUCUCUGGGUGGAUGCAUCGACUCGUCCCAGGUUCGGCAUCCAGGGACCCCUCAUGCACAUCGCAAAUCGACGCCGGAUCUGGGGCUGCUGCCAGCCAGUAGCCUCGCUCUACAAGAAAGCAACUGGGCCGGUCGAGCCCGCUGAGCCGGCAGACUCGGACGAAGCAAAGGCGAUUCUAGACAGCUCCGUAUGCUUGCACAUGCCCAUGACCAUGUAUCCCCCGCCAGCUCAGACCGAGACCGUUUCGGCACAGUUUAUUCACUCUUGGAAUGAGAUUACUCAUCGUGCUUGCGUUUUGGACACCUACUGGCGCCAGAUUAACAACAGCCACGACUACUUAGUGGGCAUCUCCGUCACCUUGGGUGACCAAACAAGACUUUUUGGCAGCUCUGAUGGAUUUACUGGACUUCCGUUUCAUCUUGAUCGUGGGGAGUGGAUAAAGGAGAUCGUCUGCUGUAUCGAAGAUAUUGUGAAUCAGACCGGGCCUCAUGGGAAGCCUGAGGAUCCUUGGCCAUCCAAGACUGCUAUGAUCAGCGGUAUCUCUGUACGCUGGGCUCACCAUCUCCGAAGAAAACUAUACUAA